AUGUUGCGGUGCAGGUUUCUAUUCGUUCGAUCUCAACGUGCUUGGUUAUCUUCGCUCUCCCGACCCGGGGAUCAACAGGUUACGAACAGUAAACCAGAAGAAGUUGAAUUAGAUCCUGUGAAGGCUUACACGAUGUUCGGCAAUCCUAGACGAAGUGUAUUUCAUUAUACCGAUAGAAAGAGUGGCACCGGAUAUUCGGACUUUUCAACAACAGUCUAUGAGCACCGCCCUUAUAUCUGGCCGCCUCUGCGGAAAUUAUUCAAAUUCAACUUUUUCGUUGUAGGUGCUGGGAUGCUGCUAUUAUUACUCGACUAUGAAUGGAUUGCGGAGCAGUUCAACUCAAUGACAAAAGGUCUGAAGCCAGAGGCAUCCCAAUUGAAGGAGGAGCAACAUGAUGUUUCCAGCGACUCGAAGAGUCCGGUACCUGCCUUCGAUGAUAGCUCAUAA